AACCUUACCCACUGAUACUGUCCACUACCAGAAUCUCACAUAUCCCGCCGUUAGUUUUAACGCCGCAAUCUCUUUUGUCACUUUAAGGAAAGCAAAGAAAUCUUCAUCGCGAGGGAGAGUUGUUUUAGUUGCUGCUUUUGUUAGGGUUUGUUUUUUGCUAGGGUUUGUUUUAAUGGACGAGAGUUUACUUGACGACAUAAUACGGCGGUUAGUGGAAGCGAAGAAUGGGAGGACGACGAAACAAGUUCAUUUGACUGAGGCGGAAAUCAAGCAGCUUUGUUUGGCUUCUAGGGGGGUUUUUCUUAGUCAGCCAAAUCUUCUCGAGCUUGAAGCACCUAUUAAGAUCUGUGGUGAUGUUCACGGUCAGUUCUCGGAUCUUCUACGAUUGUUUGAGUAUGGUGGUUACCCACCUGAGGCAAAUUAUUUGUUCCUGGGGGACUAUGUUGAUCGUGGCAAACAGAGCAUAGAGACAAUAUGCCUCCUCCUUGCAUACAAGAUCAAAUACAAGGAGAACUUCUUCCUUCUUAGGGGCAACCAUGAAUGUGCUUCCAUCAACCGUAUAUAUGGGUUUUAUGAUGAGUGCAAGAGGAGGUUUAACGUUCGUGUCUGGAAGACAUUCACUGACUGCUUUAAUUGUCUGCCUGUGGCUGCUCUUAUAGAUGAAAAGAUCCUUUGCAUGCAUGGUGGAUUGUCUCCUGAGUUGAAGAGCUUGGAUCAGAUCAGGAAUCUUGCUCGCCCUAUUGAUGUGCCGGACCAUGGUCUUUUAUGUGAUCUAUUGUGGGCUGACCCGGAUAAAGAUAUGGAAGGGUGGGGAGAGAAUGACAGGGGUGUGUCAUACACAUUUGGGGCUGACAAGGUCGUUGAAUUUCUUAGGAAACAGGACCUUGAUCUUGUUUGCCGAGCUCAUCAGGUUGUUGAAGAUGGUUAUGAGUUUUUUGCAAAGCGACAGCUGGUCACAAUAUUCUCUGCACCAAAUUACUGUGGUGAGUUCGAUAAUGCUGGCGCCAUGAUGAGUGUCGAUGAUACUUUGACUUGUUCCUUUCAAAUCCUUAGAGCCUCUGAGAAGAAAGGCAAAGGCGGAUUUGGCAACAACAUUUUGAGACCAGGAACUCCACCUCACAAGAUUUCAACAUGAGAAUUCACCUAGAAUGACAAUGUAUAUCUGAAGGGGUGGUUUGACUCUGGAAUUUUGUUCCUGUGAGAAUUGAUGUAAACCAUUCUUCUUCUGCAACAAUUAAGGUGAACACAAAUGCCAUGGUUCUAUACCAACCAAUUCUCUUACUAUUCUUGUUAAUCCAAAAUUGUAACCAUCUUUUGGCAUCAUAUGUCUAUCCUUGUGCUGUGUGCUGACUUGUCCACAAUUUCUGUUUGCACUGCAUUUUCUUUUGAGCAAUGCAAGACAUUGUGAAAUUAUUAGCCUGAAGCCUUACUGCAACCUUUGUGAACUUUAGAUUUUCAUGAAAGCUUAUUGAGUUUUAACACCCCUCAUUUCUCUCAAGGGGAAGAGCUGAUUGAUUUGCACAGCAUUAAAAAUCUGAAGUGGAAUAUAGCAAAUGGAGUUGGUUUGCUCUGUCUUGUGCAAGUCAUUCUGGCCAGAAUCACCUUCUUUAUGGUUAGGCAUAAUCACAGUAACUUUUGAGUCCACCUUUGGCACAAAAGAUAAAAUGUGGAGGCAUAAGUUCCUGCACCUUCUGAAAGAAACCCUAGGCGCCUGUACAAGAUGAACGUUGAGACAUUAUGCUAUUGAACCUUGUUAAAGGAGUUGAUGCACCUGUUCUCCUUUGAAAUAAAGUUAUGUUUUAAUUGAUGUAAAAUGGAACUUUCGACUCGUGACAAUACUUCCUUUUCAGUUGCUUUCAAUUAAGGCAAAACACUUUAAUUUGAAAGGAAGUGUGAUUUAUGCUAUUUACCAUUUUAUGA